AUGAGCGACAAGGCGAGUCUAGCCGCCGUCACGAGCUCUCUCUCGAUCCGCCCGCUGACCCUGCGCCCACAGACCUACACCCUCGAGCAGGUCGCACAGCACGCCUCGGCCGACUCGGCGUGGGUCGUCGUCGAGGGAGGAGUGUACGACGUAACAUCGUUCCUCGACGACCACCCAGGCGGCAAGAAGAUCCUCCUCAAGCACACGGGCAAGGACGCGACCGAGCAGUUCCACAAGAUGCACCCGCGCAAGGUGCUCGAGAAGGUGGCCGUCCAGUUCCUCAUCGGCAAGGUCGGCGACGCGACCGGCAGCGGCGACAACACGGUCGGCGCCAUCGAGAACAAGGUCAAGAAGGACACGCCCGAGGUCGUCGAGCAGGAGCAGGAGCAGGACGACGCCGACUCGACCUACUUUGGCGAUCUCGUCCCGUUCGGCGAUCCCUUCUGGUACCAGGACUGGAAGUCGCCCUACUACAACGACUCGCACCGCAAGUUGCGCGCGGCCAUGCGCCGCUUCACCGACGAGCACCUGACGCCGUUCGCCGCCGAGUGGGACCAGGCGCGCGAGAUCCCGCCCGAGGCGUACAAGAAGAUCGCCGACUACGGCAUCCUCGCGGCCAUCGCCGCCGGCGCAACCGGCUGGCCGACCGAGUACGCCCAGGGCAUCCCGGUUCCUGGCGGCGUCGACGCCGCCGACUGGGACGGCUUCCACAACCUGAUCGUCAUCGACGAGAUGUGCAGGUGCGCAUCGGGCGGCAUCCUUUACGGCGUCCUCGGCGGUUUCGGCAUAUCGAUCGGUCCGCUGCGCCACUUUGGCUCGGACGAGCUCAAGCAGCGCAUCCUCCCGUCGCUCCUCAAGGGCGAGAAGCGCUCGUGCCUCGCCAUCACCGAGCCCGAGGGCGGCUCGGACGUCGCCAACAUCGUCACGACCGCCAAGAAGAGCGACGACGGGCAGUACUACCUCGUCGAGGGCGCCAAGAAGUGGAUCACCAACGGCGUGUGGUGCGACUACUUCGUGACGGCCGUCCGCACCGGCGGCAAGGGCAUGGGCGGCAUCUCGCUCAUGGUCGUCGAGCGCGGCGAGGGCCUCACGACGCGCAAGAUGGACUGUCAGGGCGUCCUCGCGAGCGGUACGACCUACGUCACGUACGACGACGUGCGCGUGCCGGUCGGCAACGUGCUCGGCAAGGAGAACAAGGGCUUCCAGAUCAUCAUGUCUUCCUUCAACGCGGAGCGAGCAGGAAUUGCUAUCCAGGCGACGCGGUUCGCGCGCGUCUGCCUCGAGGAGAGCAUCAAGCACGCCUGCAGGCGCGAGACGUUCGGCAAGCCGCUCAUCGAGCACCCCGUCAUCCGGGCCAAGCUCGCCUCUAUGGCACAGCGCGUCGAGGUAACGCACGCGUGGCUCGAGACCGUCGUCUACCAGUCAACGCAGUACGACCAGGACACGCUCACGCUGCGCGGCGGCGGCACGAUGGCCCUCCUCAAGGCGCAAGCGACCGAGACGUUCGAGUACUGCGUGCGCGAGGCGAUGCAGAUCUUUGGCGGUGCGGCGUACACGCGGUCAGGCGUCGGCGAGAAGAUCGAGCGCUUGUACCGCGACGCCAAGGCCUACACGAUUCCCGGCGGCUCGUUCGAGAUCAUGCAAGACCUCGGCAUCCGCCAGAGCGUCAAGGUCGCCCAGAUCAUGGGCGCCAAGCUCUAG